GCCGGCCGGCGGAGGGUCCUUCCCCGGGGAAAGUUGCUCGGCGUCCCCGGGCGAGGGGCGGGGGCGUGCGGCGCUGCCCCCGCCGCCUCUCGUCCGUGUCGCCGAGGUAUUUAUUUAAACCGCAGAUAAAGCGCCUCGCCGCCCGCCCUGCCGGGGACGCACGGUCCGGGCGCCCCGCGGGGUCGGCAGGAAGGAGCCCAUGGCCGGGAGGGCAGCCCCGGCCGCCGGGGCUCUGCUCUGCGCCCUGCUCUGGGCGGCGGCGGCGGCAGCGGGGGGCGGCCCCGGGGACAACCCCGCUCCCGGCGCCUUCGGCCACGUCUACCGGGGCGCCGUGAACAUCAGCGCGGAGCGGGUCUACGCCUUCUCCUACCGCAGCGAGCCCGGGCAGGUGGAUGCAGUGCGGGUGUACGUGAACAGCAGCUCCGAGAACCUCCAGUACCCCGUGCUGUUUGUAGUUCGCCAGCAGAAGGGAGUGCUGUCGUGGCAGGUCCCACUGAUUUUUCGAGGCCUCUAUCAGAGGACCUACAAUUACCAAGAAGUGAGUCGCACCCUCUGUCCCACUGAGCCAACACCUGAAACAAGACCCUCUGACCAGAUUAUAUUUGUGGACGUCGCUUCCAUGGCGCCGUUCAAUAUCGCAUAUGAGCUGCUAGUCACCAGGCUGGAGAACUUCCAACUUGAGACCAACAAAGCCUUUAACUUCACUGCCAGCCCUUCCCAGCCCCAGUAUUUUCUGUACAGAUUUCCUCCGGAUGUCGAUUCAGUCAUUAUUAAUGUGGUGUCUGAUGCAGCCUACCCAUGCUCAGUUGUCUCUGUCCAGGAUAUUGUGUGCCCGGUGUAUGACCUGGACCAUAAUGUGGAGUUCAAUGGAGUUUAUCAAUCUAUGACAAAGCAGGCAGCCAUAACAGUGCAGAGAAAAGAUUUCCCAGGUGAGCAGUUCUUCGUUGUGUUCGUCAUCAAGCCAGAGGAUUACGCCUGUGGGGGUUCUGUGCCUUCUUCAAUUCAUGGGAACGUCAACCGUACCUGGAACCUGCAGCGGACAAAGAACCUUCAAGUGACGAUUGUGCCCUCCAUUAAAAAGUCUGUUUAUGUCCAGGCCAUGUUCUUCAGCUUCCUGGGUUUCCUCUCCUUUUACCUGGGCUCAGUGAUUGUUGCUUUUGUGCACUACAUUAGGGUUCAGAGGAAGGCUUCAGCUGGGAGAUUGAGUCCCGAGCAUGGAUCUGGGAUGAUGACUUCUUCACACCCCAUCUCAGCCAGCACUCCUGAGGGAAGCAGCUACGGUGCUAUUGAUGAGUCCAGCUCCAGCGGUGGCCAUCAGCUGCCCUCCCCGGAGCGCAGGCCCCCGGCCGGUUCGGACACGGACAGCUCCGUGGAGGAGGAGAGCGACUUUGACACCAUGCCGGAGAUUGAGAGCGAUAAGAACAUCAUCCGCACUAAGGUGUUCCUCUAUCUAUCAGACUUGUCCAGGAAAGACCGAAGGAUUGUCAGCAAAAAAUACAAAAUUUAUUUCUGGAACAUCAUCACCAUUGCGGUGUUCUAUGCCCUGCCGGUCAUCCAGCUCGUCAUCACUUACCAGACGGUAGUGAAUGUGACGGGCAAUCAGGACAUCUGCUACUACAACUUCCUGUGUGCUCAUCCCCUUGGCGUGCUGAGUGCCUUCAACAACAUCCUCAGCAACGUGGGCCACAUGAUGCUGGGCUUUCUUUUCCUCCUCAUUGUGUUGCGCAGGGACAUCCUCCACCGUCGGGCCAUGGAGAUGAAAGAUAUCUACACCCUGGACUAUGGGAUCCCAAAGCAUUUUGGUCUCUUUUAUGCUAUGGGCAUUGCUCUGAUGAUGGAAGGGGUGCUCAGUGCCUGUUACCACGUCUGCCCCAAUUACUCCAAUUUCCAGUUUGACACCUCCUUCAUGUACAUGAUCGCGGGACUGUGCAUGCUCAAGCUCUACCAGACGCGGCACCCAGACAUCAACGCCAGCGCCUACUCCGCCUAUGCCUCCUUUGCUGUGGUGAUCUCCCUGGCUGUCCUUGGAGUGGUGUUUGGGAAAAACGACAUGUGGUUCUGGGUUGUUUUCUCAAUGAUCCACGUUUUGGGCUCGCUGGCUCUCAGCACCCAGAUCUACUACAUGGGUCGCUUCAAGAUCGACGGCCCUGACUCAGACGUGGGCAUAUUUCGGCGAGCGGUGAUGGUGCUGUACACGGACUGCAUCCAGCAGUGCAGCCGACCAAUGUACAUGGACAGGAUGGUGCUGCUCAUUGUUGGGAACCUGGUCAACUGGUCCUUUGCUAUCUUUGGGCUGGUGUAUCGGCCCAGAGACUUCGCCUCCUACAUACUGGGAAUCUUCAUCUGUAACCUGCUGCUGUAUCUGGCCUUCUACAUCAUCAUGAAGCUCCGCAGCUCUGAGAAGCUCCUGCCCAUCCCCAUGUUCUGCAUCGUGGCCACAGCAGUGGUGUGGGCAGCUGCCCUCUACUUCUUCUUCCAGACCCUCAGCAGCUGGGAGGAGACUCCAGCAGAGUCCCGGGAGAAGAACCGGCCGUGCAUCCUGCUGGGAUUCUUCGAUGACCACGAUGUCUGGCACUUCCUCUCCGCAGCUGCCUUGUUCUUCUCCUUUCUGGUCCUGCUGACCCUGGAUGAUGACCUGGAUACGGUGCGCAGGGACAAGAUCCCGGUGUUCUGAGUCCCCGGGGACAGGGGCGCAGGGUGUCCCGAACCGCUCAGCCAAAGGCCCUGGGCCACUGGUGUCCGUGGAGAAUGAGCCUGCUUCCACGGCCAACAGCCCAGUGGGAGCAGGGGAAGCGGAUCCCGCGGCAGGCACGAGGGGCUGCUGUGGCAGCUGAGGUGGGACCAGGAGGGAAGAUGAUGUUGCUCCUUUCCUGCUGCAUCCUCUGGGGCAGGCUUGAUCCAGAGGCCCAGGCCAGUGCACAGCCCUCUGGCUCGUGGGUGCAAUGGGUGCUGGAGCCAGUGAGGGGGGAGGAAACAGGAGGGAGGCACGUCAGAGACCUUUGCUUCCCUUCCUUCCUGCUGAUGUGCUCCACUUCCUCUCUUGUGAGCAGGCUUGAGCCGUGCCAUGCAAAUCUUCCUGCACAGGGAGCUAAUGCCUGAACCCUGCAGUCCGCUGCCCUCAGAGAGUCCCUUCGGCAGCACAGGGAGAGCAUUUGGUUCCUCUGCUGCAGCAGCCGAGGGAGCAAAGGACUCCAAACUGAGGUGGCAGUGGGGGACUGUGUUUUCCUUUUUCCUCUUCUCGUUGGAGAAACUCCUUCGGUAGCUGGUGGGGAGCCAUGGUACCAAGGCUGCAGCGUUGCUGGGAGGUGGUGAACCAGAGCUGCCUGUGAGGGCUCUGGCAGACUCAGAGCCUCCUACCUUGCUCUCCUGCAGCCUCUCUGUCGCUCCUGUUGAACAGCCACGCUCCUGGGCAGCUCCGGUGCUGGCACUUGGCAGGGUCCUGGUCUGUCACGGCACCACAAGUGCUCUCCUCGGGCGACCCCGAGAGAGACGGCACAGCAAAGCCACAGCCUCGUGUGGCAGCCCGUGGCUCUGCUGUGUGCCUUGCCAAAGAGGCAGGGUGGAACAGGGAGGUUUUCCAGCAGCCUCAGACCUUCUCCUCUCAGGAGUUUGCCUUGGACAACCUUGGGAAAGCAGGUUCCCUUAUGGGCCGGGAGAGUGAAGGAGAUUUUGGGGAAGUUGGUGUUGAGCUCUUUAGCUAAAGAUGUGGACCAAAUUUUCUUCUCCAACUUGUCUGAAUCUGAAAUGAGUUUUUUAAUGGCUUCUGCAUUCUUUCCAGUUUCUUAGUUAUUUAAAAAAAAAACAAAUCCAAGAAUAAGGUGUGAAUUAUUUCAGGCCUUGUAUCUAAAGUGGGACCUGUUUUGCUCAUUUGCAAUUAAAAAGAGUUCUUUGAGGCCUGCUGUCCUUAUUCUUGUCUGCCUGAGCAUUUUUACUUUGGUGUAUGUGAAUGGAGCCAGUGAUGGAAAGGUUUCGUUCCACUUCUGCUUGCUAAAGCAGGUGACUGUGGUGAUGUUUUACUCCAAGAGUCUGUAUCUCCUUGAAGAGUUUUGCAGCAGCUGGUUUUUAUUUUUUUUCUAAGUUGGAGUUUGUCGAGAUGGUCAAUAAAAUGGAUGUUCCUGGUUCCCUGCUCUGCAGGUUGAUCUGAAUUCUUCUUGCUCCUGCUCUCAGCAGCAAGGGCAGAGAGGUGCCCAGUGGUGUCACACGGCUGCUGCCAUCCUUGGGACUGUCACAGGCAAUUCCGGAGCAUCGGUGUGGAUGACCUGCUUGUUCUCUUAACCAAAUUGCCUUUGCGAGGCUACAUAAAGGACAGACACUUGUUUGUCACUUUCCAGGGUGAGGAGAGGGCUGGAGGAGGAAUGACACAAGAGGCUGCCAGCCUUCAUCUUCCCCAGCAGAGCUGUGCUGCUCUGGAGGGCAUUGGGGUAGCUGUGCCAGACUGAAGGAGGACCUCAGUGCCCCCAAAUUUCUCCAGUUCUGGGGACACAUUUUUAUAUAAUAUACUCUUCUCCCUGUGUUUUCAUAAUCUGUAGUCUCAGACCUUGUUCCAAGAUUGUAUUUGUUUCUAGACAGGAAGCUGGUUAUCUUCUCUAAAUUGAAAAGUGAGGAAAAAAUAAUGUUGAACAGCAGUUGGAAGGCUCGACGUGGGAGGUAGAACAGCAUAUGGGCUCGCUGGGCUGAGCAGAGAUGAGCACAGCAUGGGAUGGUAAGGUGGAAGCAGGGAGGGAGAGGGAGACUGGAGAACAGCACAGAACAAACAGAAAAUCAUGACAGAAUUCAAUUAAAUACAAGGAAAGGCACCUCAAGCCUCAGAGAUGGGAGGAAGGGUUGGAAUCAUCUCCCUGCUGCUUCUGCACUUCCAAGCUGGCUGCAUCGGUUUUUAAAAUUUCCUUUUAGCCUUGCCCUGCCUGCUGGGCUCUGUUUGUGCUUCAGCUCUCCCACCUUGAUGGCCACCUGACCCUUCCAUGGCUGUGGCUGCUCCGGGGUCUGGCUGGGCAUCUGGGCACUGUGUCCCCAGCUGUCCUGGGCACGCUUGGCUCUGCAGCCCUUGCCCCAGAAAUGCUGCUUGUCUCCAGUGCUGCUGUCCUUCUCAGGGCCCCAGCCCUCGGGCAGCAAGAGCAGCUCCCUGGGUACCUGGGGGACCCUCAUUCCCUGAUUAGGAGGGGUCAUGCUGCUGUUUUCUCUCCUUUCUCUGUGCAGGGACGGAGAUGUGUAGGGGUAAAAGCAGAGCGGCACCAUGGAAUUGUGGUGGGAGGUGAGGGGACAACUCCUGAAAGGGAAACAAGCAGUGCCACAGGCAGGGACACCUCCUACCAGAACAAGUUGCUCAAACCCUCGUCCAGCCAGGCCUUUCUGAAGAUGGUGCAUCCACCACCUCUCUGAACAAUCUGUUGUAGUGUUCUACCGUUCUCAUAGUAAAAAACUUCUUCCUUACAUUCCAUAUAUUCCCUGUUUUCUCAAGAAAUGUAGGUAAAGUUGCUCUUGCCAGUGCACCUGAAAAGAGAAGGAAACAGCUUUUGUACGAUACCAAUAUCCCCUCAGAGGUCAGGAAAACUACCCGAGUCGUGAGCUGUUACAGCUCCCCCUCGAGCCUCCGGGCUGGCAGAAGAGCAGCCAAGGCAGGGGCAGUGCACUGAAAGGGGAAGGCAGCUCCCUCGUGUCCUGUUUCCCUCCCCUCUGCUAUGACUGAACUGUACCCUGGCUGUCACUGAAAGAACAAAAGCCCCUCUGUCUUAAUACUAAACUUUUUUUUUUUUUUUAAUUAAGAGCUUCCCUAAAGACAACUUCCACACCUGCAAGAAUUUUGAGGUUUACAAGCCAGGUUUUCUGGAGCCCCUGAAAAUAAUUAUUUCCUAGUAAUUCUGUCAACUUCAGUAUUGUGCAGUCUCCCAAAAAAGCCUUUACUUACCUUGGGGGGUCUCUGUACUGCUCUCAUCCAAAUCACACUCUUUAGCUUCAAACUGUGACUAAACAACUGUCUUAGAUCACUUCCAAACCAAUGCAAGGGGACUUGAGAUGAGAAGCAUUUUAGAAAAUGAAGCUGUAUCUCAACAGUGAUUGUUGUCACUGGGGCAGGGACAGCACCUGCCAUGAAUUUUUUAGGUACUACACAAUCAGUAUUUAUUUCUUCUCAAUUACACAGUUUUAUAUCUCCAACUACUAUGGUGCAUUACUCUGGUAUAUGCAGAGGAUGUGCAUCAGUGGGAAACUCUGACAGCAAAGCUUUUAUUUUUACCUCUACUUAAGAGUGAAUAGCAUAGCUUUCUGUGGGGAAAGCAGCUGUACCAACAAGAACACAAUAUUCAAAGAGUGGUUUUCUCUUUUUUUAAUAAAAUACUAUCAUGUUCAUAUCUAUACAAAUAAUUAUUACAACUAUUAAACAAAGUAUUACAUUUAACAAUAGAAAUCUCAGAACUCUGAACAAGAUCAUGGUUUGGGAUAUUUACACCUGAAUGCAACACAUUUGUAAAAAGAUGUCAAAAUAAACAGAGCAAGAUCUUAUUUACAAUUGGAA